AUGUCGGUGAAUGGUAUCAAACACACGGUGCAGGGCAGUCCUGCUCCCAUUUUCUCCCCUCAGCAUGUCAGUGUCGUGUGCAUUGGCGCCGGGGUAUCUGGGAUCGCGCUAGCCAUCGAAAUGCAUCAGAAGCUACAGAAUUUUGAUCUCUGUAUCUUUGAGAAGAACUCGGAUAUCGGUGGAACCUGGCUGGAGAAUCGAUACCCAGGAUGUGCUUGUGAUGUUCCUGCGCAUGCGUAUACUUACACAUUUGAGCCAAACCCGGAAUACUCUCAAUAUUACGUUGGGUCUGAAGAGAUCCACCAAUAUCUUACUAAAGUGGUUGAAAAGUACGGUGUUCGCAAAUACAUCCGCUUCAAUCACAAGCUUGUGUCUGCCGUUUGGUCCAACGAAAGAGGUCAGUGGGACCUAGAGUUGGAGGCUGCUUCCAACGACGGAUCUCGACGCCCGCAAAUCGUAAAGAGAUCAUCCAACUUCCUCAUCAAUGCGAGCGGGUUCUUGAAUAAUUGGAAAUGGCCCGAAGUUCCUGGGCUGCAUGAUUUCGCUGGACCUUUAAUACAUUCAGCGGAUUGGCAGAAAGACCAGGAGUUGGCAAAGAAGACGGUGGCCGUGAUCGGUGCUGGAUCAUCGGGGAUCCAGAUUGUCCCUGCCUUGCAACCGAAGGUGGGUAAGCUGUAUGCCUUCAUCAGGUCCCCUACAUGGAUCCCCCCCUCUCAAGGCUUUGUCGAUCCGAUUAAUGGUGGUCAUGAUCCAACAAACUUAAUCUACACCGACGAAGACAAGAAGAGGUUUCGAGAGGAUCCGAAGUAUUUUCUCGAAUACCGCAAAACUAUCGAGAGUAAUCUAAAUCGCAUUAUCGAUAUGUUUUUCAAGGACAGUCCCAGGCAGGCAGGAGCAAGGCAGGAAUUUGCCAAAAUUAUGAGAGCUCGCCUCGGGGGCAAUGAGGCUAUCGCUUCAAAGCUGAUUCCGCAACACUCAGUUGGCUGCAGACGUUUAACACCGGGUCAAGGGUUUUUGGAGGCCCUGAUCGAGCGAAACGUUGAGGUUGUCACAUCUGAAAUUCAGCGUAUUGAAGCUGAGGGAUUGGUCACGGCUGACGGUAAGCUACACAAAGUGGACGCUAUCAUAUGUGCGACUGGGUUCGACACUAGUUGUCGUCCACGUUUCCGUCUUGUCGGCGAUGAAGGUAUCAUUUUGAAUGAGUUGUGGGAUAAAUCAGAUUGCAUUGAAGCAUACCUGGCCAUGGCCGUUCCAGGCUUCUCCAAUUAUCUCAUGUUCAUCGGCCCCAAUGCGCCGAUCUCCAAUGGCACCUUGAUUCCUGUCAUUGAGAGGCAAGCUUCGUAUAUGUCAUCAAUGAUCCGAAAGUAUCAGCGACAGCACAUCAAGUCUUUCUCACCAUUGGCCCGUGCAACAAGACUUUUAAAUCAAAGACAUCAACAGCGGCUGCAACGAUUUGUCUGGACGGAUAGUUGUAAGAGCUGGUACAAAAAUGGCCAGAGGGAGGGCAAAGUGAUUGGGCCUUGGCCAGGGAGUAGCUUACAUUAUUUCGAAGCAAUAUCUGAGCCAAAAUUCGAAGACUGGUGGUAUAGUUACUGGGAAUCGAAGGGCGACUCAGGCAUUGAGCCACCAGGCUCAGGCAUGUGGGAAUAUCUCGGAAACGGAUACACUAUGCUAGAAGCAGAGGAUGAAAAAUCGGGCGGAAAAGGGGAUCUGGCGUGGUAUCUUGGGUAG